AUGGUUGUUAUUAAGCCCACAAGGUUCAUACUCUGGGCUGUGAUCUCUGGGUCCUUUAUUAAAGAACUUACCUGUGAUCGACAUGGAUUUAGGCGCCACAUUGCAUUUUUGAGACACCAUGAGGGGCUAGGCUAUCAGCUCCAGUGGCAGGUUGGGCUCUGGGUUUUUGGAGGAGUGCUGAAUGUAGAUGCUGUUACUGCUGCCAUUCUUGGUUUAUCUGUUCUCCUUGUGACUGGAGUUGUGACAUGGAAGGAAUGCCUAUCUGAAGCAGUUGCUUGGGAUACUCUCACAUGGUUCGCUGCCCUAAUCGCCAUGGCUGGUUAUCUGAAUAAAUAUGGUCUGAUAGCCUGGUUUAGCGAAACCAUUGUUAAGUUUGUUGGAGGAUUGGGUCUUUCGUGGCAGGCUUCCUUUGGCAUUCUCGUUCUUCUCUAUUUUUAUUCUCACUACUUUUUUGCAAGUGGAGCUGCUCACAUUGGUGCCAUGUUCACAGCUUUCUUAUCAGUUGCUAGUGCUCUAGGUACUCCACCUUACUUCGGAGCUAUGGUGCUCGCCUUUCUCUCUAAUCUCAUGGGUGGCCUCACCCACUACGGGAUCGGGUCAGCUCCAGUUUUCUAUGGAGCUAACUAUGUUCCCCUUGCAAAGUGGUGGGGCUAUGGAUUUCUCAUCUCUAUUGUCAAUAUAAUCAUUUGGCUUGGAGUGGGAGGGGUUUGGUGGAAGUUCAUUGGCUUGUGGUAA